UAGUGUAUAGGCCAAAGUUGUCAAGAAAGAGUGCAUGUUAUCAAUCUGUUGCAUUCUUUGUGCCUCUCCAUCCUAUUUUAGCCAUUGAGAAAACAUGGACUGUCCUGCUACAGUGCAUACAUAAAUGAGUGAAAAAGGUCUUCAUCUCAUCUCCUACGCCUUGGGGGAAAAAUGUCACUUUCCUUUUAUUUUCUCAGAAACAUGGCUUCUGCUAUCAUGCAGUGUUCUACCAGUGAGCUCACCUGCUCAAUCUGCACAGACAGUUUCACAGACCCUAUCACCAUUUGCUGUGGGCAAGUUUGUAGUCCCUGUCUCUGCCUUUUGUGGGAAGAUGCACAAACUCCAACUUGCUGCCCUGUGUGCAGGCAAGUACCAUAAAUGAACUUCAAACACAUUAUUUUUGCUAAGAAACAAGUUCUUCAUACCAGAGAAUCAAUCACCUGCCACUUACCAAGCUCUGCCAUGCUGAUCUGUAGGAGACACCAGGAAAUCAAGAACUUCACCUGUGAAACUGACAGGAGGCUCCGUUUUCUUUGCUGUUAACUGCUAGAGCAUGCUACUCACAGACACUAUAGGAUAAUGGCUGAUGAAUACUAUAGGGAGAACUUCCUGAUGCAAAUAAAGUCCAUCUGGAAAAAAAAACAGAAAAAUCAAAGAAAUCUAAACAGAGAGACCAAUAUAAUACAAAAAUGGAAGGUUUUUAUGCAUUUGCGGGUCAUGAUGAUCAGCACUGAAUAUCCUAAGGUGUGUCAGUAUCCGUGCAGAAAAGCAAAAGCACUUAGAGAGCCAGUAAGUGAAGCCAAGAUGAUUUUUCUGCCACUUAGGAGAAGUGAAACUAGAAUGGCCAAGACUGGGAGCCUCCUGAGAGGAAUGGAUGAGAAACUGAAGGAAAUGUGCUAGAAAACAGGUAUGAACCUGAUCCAGGAUUUAGGAGACAUAAAGAAGAGGUAAGUUUUUUCUGCACUGGCCAUGCCUCAGCCUGUGAACCCACAGUUCAAUGCAUGGACCAUCAUUGGGAUGUCAGAAAGGCUUAACUUCUUCAGAGUGUAUAUCACCUUGGGUAAGAAAUUCAGUAAUCACAAACUUCUGUUUGAAGACCUGAAGUGUUUGCAAUGCUAUAUCAUAUACUGUAAUCCAACAAGCACAGAGUAUACAUCUUCAUGGGGACCUCAGAUCCUCAGCUCUGGCAAACAUUACUGGGCAGUGGAUCUGAAAGACUCUUUUAAUUGUGUGACAGGACUUUGCAGGGAAACCUGGACAAAGAGGAAUGACAUGCAACUUGACUCUGAGGGUAUCUUUCUACUCUGUCUUAAAGUGGAUGACGAUUUCAGUCUCUUCUCUACUUCCUCACUGUUACAUCAUUAUAUUCCAAGGCCCCAAGGCUGGCUGGGGGUGUUCCUGGAUUAUGAAUGUGGGAUAGUAAGCUAUAUUAACAUUGCCCAAAGUUCCCUCAUUUGCAGUUUCCUCUCACGUAUUUUCUAUUUUCCUCUCAGACCUUUCAUUAUCCAUGGAUCUAAAUUAUCAGGGACAGGUUACAAACCUAAUCAAGACCUUGGGAAUUCUAAUAGCAGAGGAGGCUUCUAUUCUGGUGACUUUCUUAAUGGAGAAAAUCAGUCAUACCUCAUUACCUUUUACUUCAUUUUACCUCCAGGAUAUAUAUUUAUUAUGUCAUUUUUUAAAGUGUUGAUAAUGUACAGUAUAUACAUUUGUCUUUUCAACUUUAUUUGAAUAAAUGUAAUGUCUUUUAUUAUAUUGUAUAGGAUGCAUGCUCUUCUAACUUAUCAAAGCUUACUAGAGGUGAAAGAUUACAUGAGCAUGAAAACCCAGCUAACUGAGUCAAAUUAAAGAACAGACAGGCUGCCUUCCAGAUAUCCCUUAUUAAAACUCAGUGUCAGCCUAAAAUUCUCCAUUCCCACCUGGAUAAAUCCUGUCCCUUCACCAGUUCACAGCUUUCUGAACUAGAUGAGGUCUCAUGGAAACACGACGUCAAGAACAGCUCACACGUUUCCUUUGCAAAACUCCUAAUAUAAUUUGGAUCCUUUAUUCAAGUUUGUAAAUUACAAGAAGGGAAGGCCAAUGUCCGUUCUCAUUCAUUACAGAAUAAAAAACCAGUCUGAUGAUAU